ACUUUCACUUGUCAGAAAAACGUUCAGAACACCUUAAUUGUAUUCUACAGAAACAUUUACCAUUGAUCGUUAGAGUGGUACCUCCUAUUACUCCAAGACAAUUGAAAGACGAACGAGAAGAAAUGUGUUUGAAAUAUCCCAUUCUCGAUCAUAAACAAGUGUCAGACGUACUCAGCACGUGUCCUUACGAUCCCACCAGAAGUCUGCACAUUGCUUGGUAUCAGGUCAAGCUUUCAGAGGUUUACCCAGACGAUAAAACUUCGAUAUAUAGAAAAGACGGAAACACAAUUAUCAAAACGACGGAAAUCAAAGAGGUUGUCAAAGAAUACAUGGACAAGUUAAAGAAAGUUAAAGGAGAUUUGUACAAGUUGAAACGAAUUCUCAAUGUGGUGAAAAAACACGAUGCUAUAAAAGGAAGUCGUUAUCUUCUGGAGCUGGAACUUAGUGUUCAAGGAAAGAGUGAAUCAGUGCUGCUGUCUGAAUACGUGUACAAGUUCAGCAAGGAAUACCGCAAGGUUCACAACAAAACGACUAGUGAACUUUGCUACCCCGAGGGAAUGGUGUGGAGCAAAGACACCAAGAUUUAUAUUAUACUACCAGUUCUUAAUUAUGGCUAUUGGGUGAAGUAUAUCAUCGAUGAACUAUCCAAGAUUUACCUCAACACGAAAGAGAGAAACUUCCAUCUUGUGAUGAUAGAUUUCAACAGCACAGAUUUUGAAGCUGAGAAAUAUUUACAGGAAUCAGUGUUAAGAAACAGUUUUACAUUCUUGAAAAAGGGUGGAAGAUUCUUCAAAACUGAAGCAAUUAAUGAAGGAGCCGCUACAGUCAAGGAUCCAAAUAGUAUAAUAUUUCUAAUGGAUUUGCACAUCACAGUUCCGCCAUGUUUCUUUGACAUCAUAAGGAAGCACACGAUAAAAGGGAAGUUGUCUUUCUUUCCUGAGCUCCUUAGGCUCUCGUGUUCUGCUUCUGAUAUCUACCCACAAGGUUUCUGGGAAGGAAUGGGUUAUGGCUUACUUGGUAUUUAUAAAAAAGACUGGGAUUCCUUUGGUGGAGAGGACGUGGAAAAGUUCAGAUACAGAUGGGGUGGUGAGGAUUGGGACCUACUGGACAGGGUAGCAAGUGCUAGGAUAGAAAUUGAGAGAUUUAAAUGGCAAAAGCUCUUCCAUUUUCCACACGCUAAAAAAGGCACCUGGUACAAGAAAAAAAAUGCAACUGCCCAUUAAUAAUUAAAACACCGAAAAAUCAUUUUAAGGAUGUUGUGCUCUUUGAAAUUUCAAUUAUAUCAAAGUCGGGGCAGGUUCAUUAGAUAAUAUCACCUUUUCUUGACAAGACCGCUGACCCGAACUUCCUAACUUUGUUAUAAACAUCAUUAAAGUUUAUAUUUUGAAAAUACUGCUUAACUUCUGUAUGAUAUUGUUAUGAUAAGUGACCUCCAUAUUUCCAUUCGGUCACAAAAAAGGGGACUGGAUUCCCUGAGGAACUUCUUAUUUGAAAUAUUUUUGACUACCUUAUUACAUGAAAUUGUCGCUAUUGAUUGAUUGAUUGAUUGAUUGAUUGAUUGAUUGACUGAUUGGUUUAAACAGAGGUGCCCAGUUCAGCAAAGCUGGUUUGAAUGGGGCUCUGUUAAAAAUAACCUCACAAACAGAAAAUAUAGUACAAAACACAAAUAUUAAAGUUGCAAAGUAGUAAAAUUAAAACGUACACUUAACAUGAAAUAUACAUGGCGCACAGGGUUGCACAGAAAGACUGUAAAAAAACUUGUUAGUAACUAUAGACCAAUAUCUUUGCUACCAGUAGUCAGUAAGGUCUUUGAAAAGUGCGUUUUGAAAAGCAUCCUACCGGAUUUUCUGAGGGUUAUCUCGGACUCCCAAUCUGGGUUCCUAGAGGGAAGGUCCUGUGUUUUGCAGUUGUUUACUGUCUUUCACGAAAUAGGCGCCUCACUAGAUAAAAAUAUUGAGACAGAUAUCCUCUAUUUAAAUUUCGCGAAAGCUUUUGACUCCUUGACAAGCUGAGGUUAUACGGGGUAGAUGGUGCAUUGUGGGAUUGGUUCUCUGACUACCUCAGAAAUCGCAGGCAACGUGUCGUCUUUGACGGGUCCAAUUCCGGCUGGACGCCUGUGGUCUCUGGGGUUCCUCAUGGCAGCCUCCUGGGACCGAUCCUUUUUCUUGCCUAUGUCAACGAUCUGCCCAGUGUAACCUCGACUAGGACUAAGUCAUGAGAGAUGAGGCGGUAAGCCGUGUGGGAUGGGCUCGGAAAUCAUAUAAAAACAUGAGUAAUAGGUAAAAUAGGUAAUAGGUCGCGACUUGAAGUUGCGAAAGGUCCAUUGGCCCUCUUCUUCAGUCGUUUCAUACAAGGUUCGUAAUUUACCUAUUACGAUGUUUUUAUAGGACUAAGUCAGUUUUGUUUGCUGACGAAUGUUACCGCACGCAGCAAUCUCUGCAAGACUACUUGGUCCUCAAGUAUGACCUUAACGGCUUGGUUAGCUGGAGUGUUGACUGAGACUUAACACCACCAAAUGCAAGGUCCUCAAAAUAUCUAGAAGACUUAAUCCAACGUCUCGUACUUACACCAUUGGCUUCGACGCCUUAAAGGAGAGUCGCUCCCAAAAAAAGACAUGGGGAUUAUUACUUCACAUAACUUAGGCUGGCAUAACCAACGUUGUUAGUUUACGUUGUUGCUAAAUCCAAUAAAGUUCUGGGUUUCCUUAGA